CUCAACCUCGGCGUUUCCAUCUCUCUCUCUCCUCUGUUUCGGUGGACAGUACAGCGUGUUAAAUUCCCGUGUGGCCAAGUUUCGUUCCCAUUGAUCAACGGCCAGUGCAAUAGCAGGCCCGUGAUCGUCGUUUCUCGUUUUCUUACCUCUUUCUAGCUCCCCCUCUGUCUCUCUCUCUCUCACUAAAACUUUCUCUCUCUAUAACAGGGCUCCUGCUCUAUCUAGGACAAGGGUUUUUUUCCGGCCAAAUUGCUGGUCGGUAACUCAGGUUAAGAUGGUUUUGAUGAUAUAUUGUAGUGAAGCAUAAGCGCUAGGCGCUAGUCUAGUGGUGCGCUUCUCCUUCUUCCAUUCGUAAAUGGGCUGUUUUCAGUCUAAGGCAAAAAAGCAGUUUCCUGGACAUGAAGACCCGGUAAUUCUGGCUUCACAAACAGCUUUUAGUGUAAGUGAAGUUGAAGCAUUAUUUGAGCUAUUUAAGAGUAUUAGCAGUUCCGUAAUUGACGAUGGACUAAUAAACAAGGAAGAGUUUCAAUUGGCACUAUUCAAGAAUAGAAAGAAGGAGAAUCUUUUCGCAAACAGGAUAUUUGAUCUGUUUGAUGUUAAGCGGAAGGGAGUCAUUGACUUUGGUGAUUUUGUUAGAUCACUCAGUGUCUUCCACCCAAAUGCCCCACAAGAAGACAAAAUUGACUUUUCAUUUAAGCUCUAUGAUUUGGACAGCACAGGAUUUAUUGAACGACAAGAGGUCAAGCAGAUGUUAAUUGCACUAUUAUGUGAAUCUGAAAUGAAGCUGGCUGAUGAGACCAUUGAGAUAAUACUUGAUAAGACAUUUUUGGAAUCGGAUGUAAAUCAGGAUGGAAAGAUAGAUAAAACUGAGUGGCAGAAUUUUGUGAGCCGAAACCCUUCGUUGUUGAAGAUAAUGACACUUCCAUAUCUGAGGGAUAUAACGACAACAUUUCCAAGUUUUGUAUUUCAUUCUGAGGUUGAUGAAAUUGCUACUUAAUAACUAUAGAAUAGCUUUUGGCAAUUCCAUGCCCUUUGUUUGAAAGGCAUAUUUGUGUUUUUGUUUUAUUGUUUAGAUGAAAAAAAGUAGAAAGGCUACUGAAUUGAUUAGCAAAAAUUGCAACUGAGUUUAACUAGCAGCCCCCCUACAAUGUAAAGUGGUUUGUCCCAAAUUUGGGCAUUUGCUAGCCUGUUUUUUCCCCCUAAAUAGCAGUAGAUUUUAUGCAGAGUCGCUUCAUUUUUUUGUUGUUUUUUUCAGACAAGAUCAAAUAUUAUCUUGAAAUUUUUGGUGUCCCUUACUGAAUAGAACGUAGGAUAUGUUAUGUGGAUAGCA